CUCGUGUAUUUCGUUUCACAGUCGUGACACGUAUUUUGAUCAAAUACUUCCAUCUCUUAAUAAAUGUCAUAGUCAAAAUUUAAACAUUUUUGAGCUUUAGCGAAAUUAAAUUUUGUCCUUUUUGUCGCUGCACAGAUUCCGUCCUUCCUGGUGUGGGUGUGGACAGUUACACAGAUGACUACACACAUAAUGGACGGCGAGCUACAGUAGGCUACUUCUUAGAACUCAGAAAAAGAAAGUUAAAAUCUGGAUAUUGUUUCAUAUUCCUUUCCUGGCUGCAAAGUGUAGCUGGGAUGCUGUGUGAGAAUGGGAAAUCUUUUUGGAAAAAAGAAACAGACGCGAGUGACAGAACACGACAAGGCGAUUCUGCAACUGAAACAGCAACGAGAUAAACUGCGGCAGUAUCAGAAGAGGCUCAACCUGCACCUGGACAAGGAGAGGCUUUUAGCCAAACAGCUGCUAAAAGAGGGCAAAAAAGACAAAGCCCUCCUCUUGCUAAAAAAGAAGCGCUACCAGGACCAACUUCUAGACAAGACAGAGAACCAGAUCAGUAACCUGGAGCGCAUGGUUCAAGACCUGGAGUUUGCCCAGAUUGAAAGGAAAGUCAUUGAUGGAUUGAAAGUUGGAAAUGAAUGUCUGAAAAAAAUGCACGAGGUGAUGUCUGUUGAAGAAGUGGAGCGGAUUAUGGAUGAAACCCAAGAUGCCAUUGAGUACCAAAGGCAAAUAGAUGAGAUGCUGACUGGCUCUUUAUCACAAGAAGAUGAAGACGCCGUCCUGGCUGAGCUGGAGGCCAUAACUCAGGCAGACGUUGAGCUUCCUGAGGUUCCUUCAGACGAGCUGCCAGAAGCCCCGGAGGCCAGAAAGGAGAAGCCAGAGAGGGAACGUGAACGUCCCAGAAAGAAAGCUGAGCGCGAGGUUCUCGCUGUGUAGGAACCUGCCUGAACUCCCUCCACUGACCUGCCGUCCGCUGCAACUUCUGUGCAACAUUCAAGUCCUACAUGAACCUACAACCACGCAAACACUUUGCUGGAGAACCCAGCCUAUGAUAAAAGGGUGACCAUCCAGCUGCUCUUUGUCCUCGUCAGCUUCAGGCCGACACGAGGCCGCACGGGGCUGGUUCAAGGCAGCAACCUCGGGAAAUGAUUUGAACCAUGAAGAUAUGAUAUCAGAGAAUUGUGCCUAAUUCUUUGUUUGAUUAGCACAUGUAUGUGUUACUGUCAGUCAUCUUCCUCACCUCCACUGACAUCUUGUGAUCUGUAAAGGGUCAGUCUAUUCAAAUUACAGACAUGUUUACCCACAUGCAUCCAGUUCUGUCAUGUGGUUCAGUUUUGUAGAUCCGUCUCUGCCUCCACCUCAGUACAGUGCCGGAGGGCAGUGGAAUUUCAUCGGUGCUGCUCACAUAACUGAAACGUGGCAUUAGGAGAAACUCGGCAACAGCAUGUUUCCAGGAAGCAGUGUCUCUGUUACCCCCCGUAAUCUACAACUAUAAUGAAAUAGCCUUUUCUGUCGGCUCAGUAUAUCAUGUGUUCUCCUGUGAGCAACACUCAGAAAGCACCACAGAGAAUUUUAUAUUUUUUAGUUUCUUAAUGUGAACAGUGUUCACUCUGUCUGCCGAGAUGGAGAAUGUUCCUUGUGGCAUGUUGCUCCUUUUUUUAAAAACUAUUGGCAAUGAAGUUUUAAAUACUGACAUUAUAUUUAAGUGCAGAAAAAACCAACAGUGUGGUGUCAAACAGCACUAGGUUUGAGUGAUAGAAAUGCUUUUCCUCUCAUUUGAGUGAACUGACCCUUUAAACCAGGAUGGUUGAUGCUCUGUGAAGUCUCACAGGACGGGCUGUGGUGCAGUUGCCCAGCUGACAAGUCUUGUGACCCAGUCUCCCAAGUUUCUGUGAAGCACCAAAACAUUUGCAUGUUUCACACAUUCUCCCAGUCUGACCUCUGUCCAAGCAGCUUCACUAAUCUCACUGUGUGCUCCCCUUGUGGAUUAGCUCAGCGUCACUGGAGAAGGGCUAAUCUCACGCUCUGAAGCCCAGACAACAGUUGUUAAUCUCUUCAAGGUAACAACUUGACAGAACCAGGAUCUUUACCCAGCAAGUGUUAUUGUAAUGAUUUUACUGUGCAUAUCAUGCUCAGACUUGCUUGUUUGUAUGGAUGUGUGUUAAACUGCAUUAAGAAUGGUGGCCUAUAUUCAUAUUAGUUUGUGUAUGUUUUACGAAUCAUGGAAUUAAUCUCUAAAUCAGUUAAUCUCGUAGACAGAAACACUGAUGACCCAUAAUGUUGGGCUGCAGACGUCCUCCCGUCAGCAUCAGACUGGUCUGUACCUGCACAUUCUUUUUACAAUAAAUGUUUUUUUAUUGUCACAGGC